CGCUCUCGCUUUGUUGCAGCUUUCAGGUUAUCUUUAACUUCAAUAAUUUUUGUUUCUGCUCUAAUUAUCUCUCCGUGCCAUCCUCCGAGCCAUUCGCCUGUCUACUGCCAGAAUGUCAUUUCUACGCACCACGCCGUCACGCCUUUCAAGACCCUUCCAGCCGCGAGUUUUGCGACACUUGAAUUACGCUGGUCGAUUCUACUCCUCUAAACCUGAAGAGACCGACAUCAACUCGAUCCUCGCGAAACCGUCCUGGUCGGUCCGCUCGCUACUCCCCGACGAAACCGCUAAACCGUCCUCCCCAUCCGUCACCCCAGCGCAGCUGCGACAUCUGUUGCGGCUCUCGGCCCUCCCUCAGCCAGCCAGCAAGGAAGAGGAGACCAAGAUGCUGGAGACUCUCGAAUCUCAAAUCCACUUCGUCAAGGAGAUCCAGAGCGUGGACGCGUCGGGCGUUGAACCUCUCCAGAGCAUCCGAGACGAGAGCCCCGAGGCAGUCCAAGAGAACACCAUUGGACUGGAUCAGCUCCGAGAAGCCUUUUCCGAAGAACGAGUCGUCGGUAGAAACAAGAGAAUCCAACGGAUUGAGGGAGAGAGGAAUGAGCGCCCGGACGGGGAUGCUGACCAGGACCUGACCACGAUUUUGGAUCGCUCGCAACGCGCCGACCUAACCGUGCUGGUCGCUGAGAUCACAGAGUCCAUGCGCCAGGUCAUUGAACAGAAUUAUCAUAACCACACAUCCGAGCCCGAUCGGUUCCCUCCGGAGAAAGAAACGGAAGAUAAGCUGCGUUCCUCGAUCGAUAGUCAGGAAGAAGACUCAGCUAGCGAAAACAAACCCACAUUCGUGAAACUCUCCGCCAAUGACCUGAGGGACGAGGCCAGUACAUUGAGCAAUUUCGAUGAUUGGAGAGAGACGGUGCUUCUCCGUAUCGGUGAAGUGGUCAAUCGGGAGGAGGAAGAUCACGAGGGAGAAGAAAGCCCUGAACGCUCGGAAGUGCCGCCAGAAUCCCAGCCGCAGCUUGACCAGGACGAGAGAUCCAUCCAGAAGUUACAUGAGGUCUAUCCUCCGGUGCAGACGCCUCUUGCACGGCUUGAUAAAGCGAAGAAGCUGCUGAUUCUCCAUUCACUACUGCUCUUACUGCUCAGCUUAGAGCAUUACAAUGCUCGGUCGCGUGUCUUGAUGCUAUACGUCUCAUCAAGCUUGAACUUGGAUGUCAAGGUUCUGAACGGCGACGAGGUAACAGUCGCGCGGGGCUUGCUUGACACGGCUCUUCAACUCUCCGGCAGCGGUGAUGGACAAGGUCAAAGGGAGAAGAGCGAUUCCUCAAGAAAGUGGAAGGUUGGCAUCGCAUCCGUCACCGGGGCUGUGUUGAUUGGAGUCACCGGUGGACUUGCUGCGCCUUUGGUUGCCGCAGGUCUCGGUACUGUUCUCGGAGGGCUCGGACUCGGGGCUACAGCAGCCGCGGGAUACCUUGGAGCUCUUGCUGGUAGCGGUGUCAUUGUCGGUGGUCUCUUCGGUGCCUAUGGCGGUCGGAUGACUGGACGCAUGGUGGACAAGUAUGCACGUGAGGUGGACGACUUUGCAUUUUUACCGAUUCGAGGAUCGCGACACCGAUCGGAAGAUGAGAAAGAGGCUGCUCAAGAGGACCACCGGCUCAGAGUCACUAUUGGCGUUACGGGAUGGGUCACUGAAGAAGACAAUUUCGUGGUUCCGUGGCGUGUCAUUGGUGCCGACUCCGAAGUAUUCGGCCUACGAUGGGAGAUGGAACCUUUGAUGAACCUCGGAAAUGCCAUGGAUCUCUUAGUCACCAGUGCUGCAUAUGCUGCUGGCGAACAGGUCUUGAAGAAGACCGUUUUCGCCUCCCUUCUUAGUGCUGUGGUGUUACCUCUUGGUCUGCUGAAAGUCACCAGAGUGGCCGACAACCCUUUCAGCGUUGCCAAGGCACGUUCUGACAAGGCUGGUGAAGUUCUUGCGGAUGCAUUGAUCAGCAAAGUGCAAGGCGAACGCUCAGUCACUCUCAUUGGAUAUUCUCUGGGCUCUCGGGUAAUUUUUUCCUGCCUUCAGAGUCUAGCCAAAAGACGCGCAUAUGGCUUGGUGGAAUCCGUCGUCCUCAUGGGAUCCGCCACUCCAUCUGACACCGAGUAUUGGCGUCGCAUGCGCAGCGUUGUGAGCGGCCGCAUCGUGAACGUCUACUCUGACAACGACACCGUCCUCGCGCUCCUCUACCGAACCAGCAGCUUCCAAAUGGGCGUCGCAGGUCUGCAGCCUGUCCAAGGUGUCCCCGGCGUCGAAAAUCUCGACGUCAGCGACAUCAUCAGCGGUCAUCUUCGCUACCAGUUCCUGGUCGGACACAUCCUGACCCGCGUCGGACUAGAGAGCAUCGACAGACGCGAGGUCAUACGCGAGGAAGUCGCACUGGAAGCCAAAGACCGGAAACAGGAGCAAGAGCGCAUCCGGAACAAGCGUCGCGCGGGCAUUGACGAAAACCCAGACGAGGACUCGGCUCGCCGGGUGUUGGAAACCGACCAAGGUGCAGAAGAGGACGCACGGCUUCAGAGACAGAUCCAAGCCAGGACUAAUGAUCAAUUGCCUCCUCGGUUGCCGCGUCGUCCUACCAACCUGGAGGAGGAGGAGCGGCCUAAGCUCCCCCUGCGUCCUAAUAUUCCGCGACGCCCUGUCCCGGACAGCGCGCAGGGAGGGCUCUAGAUUUGUUUGUCCUGCCACGAGUGUUUCAACGUGCAACACGAUUCAGGGGAUGUCUGGAAUGGAUGGUUGUGGGAUGGAUAAUGCAUUUAGAUCAAUUAAACUGAUUUACCC